GAAUGACACGCGGCAGUGGAAAGUAAUUUUCCAUAUUCGCAUCCCUAAUCUCAUCACUGUGAUCGCAACCACACGCCGCCGUCUGCUCUUUCCUUCCGCCGCCGCCGCUCGCCGCCGCUCGCCGCUCGCCGCUCGCCGCCGCGCGCCUCCAUUCCCUUUCUUCUGCGCUCCACACUAUGAACAGGUCUUAAUUGUGCAAACUCCAGAGGCUGCUCUUGGAAAAGGGCGGGGUUGUUCGUCCGCACUAUGAAGCUUACGUGCCUUAGCAUGGGCCGUGGGCUCUACUGCCCUCCUUGCCACAUGCUCGAGCUUUGUGGGUUCCGCGUCCUCCUCGAGUGUCCUCUCGAUCUCUCCGCCCUCACUGUCUUCGCCCCGGUCAUCCCCAACUCCGCAACCGACCUCAUUCGCGCUGUCCCCUGGUAUAAGACCGUCAAAAGCCUCCACCUUUGGGAUCCCUCUCUCAUUGACUUUGUUCUCAUAUCCACCCCCUACGCUAUGCUUGGCCUUCCGUUCCUCACCCGCCUGCGUGACUUCUCUGGCAAGAUUUAUGCUACAGAGGCGGUGGUGAGGAUAGGGUGCCUUAUGAUGGAAGAACUUGUGUCUAUGCAUGCAGAGUAUAAUCAGUUUUAUGGUCCAGAUGAGAGGCCUGGUUGUCCUGGAUGGAUGGAAUGGGAAGAGCUCGAGAAGCUUUCGUUGGAAUUGAGAGAUAUUGUUAUGGGGAAAGAUGGGGAGGAGCUGGGGUCUUGGAUGCCAUUGUACAGUGCUACAGAUGUAAAAGAAUGCAUGCUAAAGAUCCACUUUCUAAGGUAUGGUGAAGAAGCUUGCUACAAUAGCACCUUAAUCCUGAAAUCGUUCAGUUCUGGUUUGGAAAUCGGUAGUUCCAAUUGGAUGAUAAAUGGGCCAAGAAGAAAUUUUACUUAUUUGUCAAGCUCCAUAUUCAAGUCUGCACAUGCAAUGGGUUUUGAUUACUAUUCCCUUCGAGGGAAUGAUUUGAUCUUGUUUUCAGAUUUAUCUGUGGAAGUGAUGCAUGAUGGGCCUAAUGAUGCUAAUGGAUGUAAAAUUUAUAAUGAGACAGUGGUGGAAGAUCCUCUUCCUUAUCAUAUUUCAGCUGUUGGGGCCAACUGUGCUAGUGAUCAAGAUUUAGUCAAAUGCUUGCUUGAAAAUGAUGAAAUUUUGGAGGAGUCAGACAAAAUCGCUUUCAUAUGUUCUUGUGUCUUGGAUUCUUUAAAUGAAGGUGGCUCUGUUUUAAUCCCUAUUGGUCGAAUUGGCAUAGUACAUUUCCUUUUGGAGAAAAUAUGGCAGUAUCUGGAAUUGUCAAAUAUGAUGGUUCCAAUAUUCAUGAUUUCUACUAUUUCAGAGGAGAUAUUAGCAUCUAUGAAUGCUAUGCCUGAAUGGCUUUGUGAAGAACGCCAGCUAAAGUUGUUCUCGGGCGAGCCAUUGUUUGGCCAUAUAGAGCUAGUUAAAGAAAAGAAGCUUUAUCUUUUUCCAGUCCUGAACUCAUCUAAGCUAUCGUAUGGCAUCUAUCACAAUUCUCUAUGCCUUGUGUCCCCUUAGAGUGUUUGCUGGCGUAUCACAGAGCUCACAGCAUAUAAAAUCCUGGCCGAUCUUUCUGAGAUAUUCUCCUUUUUUUUUUUUAAUUCAAAGCUGAUAAGGUCAAGUUGUGCCCUCCCUUAAAUUGUACCCAUGAUUUUUUUCUUGUUUUUAUCUUUUAUUAUUUAGGUGACAUGGUUGUCAGCAGAUAUAAUACUUUUUUAUGUUUUGUGGUUACAUAAAUUGGUUGUCAUUUAGGCGACAUGGCCGUCUUUCAUUUUUAUGAUUUUAUGACCGGAUUUUGGACACACUCUUGUUUCAACACUGUUACACUUUCUUGGCAACUGAAAUUAUUUGAUUUUAUGUGCCAAAUUACGAUUUUGGCAACCAUGGUCAUCAGUGUGUUGCUAUUUUACCAUCCAUAUCAGUCGGCAGCAUUGCAUACCUUACUCAUCUUUACUUUUAGUGUUAUUAGUUAGAUUGCUUAUGGCACUUUUCAUCAGUUGAUAUAUACUGAUCAUGUUUCCUGUUCUUACAUGAGUAAUGAUCAAGUUCCUUUUUCUUUUAUUCUGAUUCAUAAUGAAUGGUAUAAAAAGUCAUUCCAUCUCUGAUCAGACUUUCUAGUGAUAAUGUGUGUGUGUGUUUUCUAUUGUGUUAAACAGUGGUUUUCAUUAAUGAUGUAAGACUCACCUCCCUCUCUGUGGCAAUUCCUUAUGUUUGCCUUGGUUUAUGUUCUCCUGCACCAUGGAUUACUUCAGAUCUGCAUAUUUUCUUUUCUCAACCAUAGCUAAUUUUCUCCCUACUUC